UAGUUCAAUGCUGCAUACCUUUAAACCUGAUGACUAUAAAAAUUUGGGACAUUUGCCUAUGGUUAAUCAGGAACAAUGCCUCUCAUGUGGGCUUGAAGUCAGGAGUCUGGAGGUUGGACCUCUGGCCACGACCUGAAGGGAUUCGAUUAGGUCAUUGGUGUGGGGGAGGGGGCUGGGGCUCUGGAAUGUACCGAGAAGUGCUGUUUUCAGCUACAUGCAAUGCAUCAUUUAGUCAACAGAUAUUUUUUGAGCACCCACUCAGCACCCAGCUCUGCGCUGGGUGCUAGGGAUACAAAAGACUAAUGUUCCAUUCCUUUCUUGGAGUUUGCAGUUUUUAACCCCUCGAAUGACUCAAAUCUGGGUGAGGUUACAGCUGUGACAGGUAUUUUGUGCCACAGGAAUCGGGAGAUUUGACUAGUUAACCAAGGGAAUUGAAGCCGGGAGGAGCAGUGACUCGCUAGAGGCAUCAUCAAAACAGGAACGACUAUGAAAACAACCACGUGCCAGGAAGUAGGCGACAGUUUUUACAAAUGGAGAAUUGGAGGACCAGGAGAAUAAAGUGAUGGGCCCCAGGUCACACUCUAAGCCAAUGGCAGUGGAAUUAUCCAAACGCAGGAGUGGCUUAAUGCCCUCUUCAACUGAAGCAGAGCCAGGGUCAGAACCCACCACGCGCGGGGCCUCCUUUCCUUAAGUCGCACAGCCGUUCACCUCUCCCGGGGCCCUUUCAGCACGUGCUCCUCGGUUCCCAUUCUGCAGGUGAGGGGGCAAAAGUGGUGGGAAGGCGCUGGACAGCGCAGCGACACGGCCAGGAUGCUUGCAGGAAUGCAGCCUCGGCUACCGUCCCUGACAGUACUGUCCCUCUCAGCCUGGGGCCAGACCACCAGACUCUUCCAGCUUGGUGGUCCGUGCGCCCCACUGCGCGCUGCUGGCUGUGGGUGGCAGAAAGAAUCUCGAAUCAGCCUCGCCCACGCAACAGUCCAGCCCGGGGUGGGGGGGAAGGCCCACACGGACAGGCUUCUCAGGAAGGCAAGAAGAGGGCGCAGGUGCUGCCCAACAGGGAGCCAGCGACACCCAAACCAGUGCCGUGUGGGGUCCGCGUCCGCAUCCUGCAGGGAGGUGGGCCCGCCCCCCAGUGCGCGCAGGCGCGUGCCGCGCAGGGCUCGGACCGUAGCUCGGCGCUGGGCGGCCACAGGCUGGCCUCGCAGGCCUACCAGGAUGGAGGGGCAUGCUGAAAUGGAGAUGCUGAGGACACUGAAGGGGCCGUCCACAGGGGAGGUCAGCGUGCACCUGGUGGCCAGAGACAGCCCAGGUUCCGGCCCUCACCUGCCCUCCACUGCCUUCAUCAUUCCAGCCAGCUCUGCCACCCUUGGCCUGCCCAGCAGUUCUCUGGAUGUGUCCUGCUUUCCGCGGGAGCCGAUCCAUGUGGGCGCCCCGCAACGAGUGUCAGGCAGCGUACCUGUCACUGCCACCGUUCUGCCGCAGUUAAGCGCGGGGCCGGGAGCCAGCUCCAGCGCCAGCACUGUGCGGCUUCUGGAGUGGACCGAGGCCGAGGCCCCGCCUCCUGGGAGCGGCCUGAGGUUCCGGAUAAGCGAGUACCCGCCACUGAACAUGGUGGGAGCCGAGCAGCCCCCAAGCCCGGAACUGCGGCGGGAAGAUGUGGCCGAGUACGAAGCUGGCGAGGCCCCGGCGGGAGGUGGCGAUGCGGGCACUCUGCAGCCGGCGGACCUCCCUCAGGACCCUCCAGAAGAUCUCUCUCAGGACCCCCCAAAGGAUGAUGGCCCCUGUCAGUGCCAGGUGUGUGAGCCUCAGCUAGGCUCCUGUCCGGAUCCUGGUUCCUCCAGUGGUGGCUGUCCCCAGCUCUUCCAGGAGCGGUCAGUCAUAGUGGAGAACUCCUCAGGCCAGAAGUCCUCCUGCACCAGCACCUCUGAGCUCCACAAACCCAUGAAGAAGAGGAAGCACAGGGAAUACCAGAGCCCAUCAGAGGAGGAGUUGGAGGCAGACGCCAUGGAGAAGCGAGAAGGAAAGGCUCCAGAGGCACAACCCCCUGCCAGCACCCCAGAGAGUGAGGAGUGGAGCGGCAGCCAGCCCGUGCCAGAGGAGAAGAAGGAAGGCUGGUCGUGGGAGUCCUACCUUGAGGAGCAGAAGGCCAUCACCGCCCCGGUCAGCCUCUUCCAGGACUACCAGGUGGUCCCCCAUAACAAGAAUGGCUUCAGACUGGGCAUGAAGCUGGAAGGCAUCGACCCUCAGCACCCAUCCAUGUACUUCAUCCUCACCGUGGCCGAGGUCUGCGGCUACCGUCUCCGUCUGCACUUUGAUGGGUACGCCGAAUGCCAUGACUUCUGGGUCAAUGCCAACUCCCCUGACAUCCACCCUGCUGGCUGGUUCGAGAAGACUGGGCACAAGCUGCAGCCCCCCAAAGGUUACAAGGAGGAGGAGUUCAGCUGGAGUCAGUACCUGCGCGGCACAAGAGCUCAGGCUGCCCCCAAGCACCUGUUUGUGAGCCAGAGCCACACUCCCCCACCCCUGGGCUUCCAGGUGGGCAUGAAGCUGGAGGCCGUGGACCGCAUGAACCCAUCCCUCGUCUGUGUGGCCAGUGUGACCGACGUGGUGGGCGGCCGCUUCCUGGUGCACUUCGACAACUGGGACGACACUUACGAUUACUGGUGUGACCCCAGCAGCCCCUACAUCCACCCCGUGGGCUGGUGCCAGAAGCAAGGAAAGCCCCUCACUCCUCCACAAGACUACCCUGACCCUGACAGUUUCUGCUGGGAGAAAUACCUGGAAGAAACUGGGGCCUCUGCUGUGCCCACCUGGGCCUUCAAGGUGCGACCCCCACACAGCUUUCUGGUCAACAUGAAGCUGGAGGCCGUGGACCGCAGGAACCCAGCCCUGAUCCGUGUGGCCAGUGUGGAGGAUGUGGAGGACCAUCGAGUAAAGCUCCACUUCGAUGGCUGGAGUCACGCCUAUGACUUCUGGAUCGAUGCCGACCACCCAGACAUCCACCCCGCCGGCUGGUGCUCCAAGACAGGGCAUCCCCUGCAGCCUCCUCUCCGACCCAGAGAGCCCAGCGCUGCCUCCCCUGGGGGGUGUCCCCCUCUCAGCUAUCGGAGCCUGCCGCCCACGAGGACCUCCAAGUACAGCUUCCACCACCGCAAGUGCCCCACUCCGGGCUGUGACGGGUCUGGCCACGUCACGGGCAAGUUCACGGCUCACCAUUGCCUCUCGGGCUGCCCGCUGGCUGAGAGGAACCAGAGCCGGCUGAAGGCGGAGCUGUCGGACUCGGAGGCCUCGGCCCGUAAGAGGAACCUCUCGGGCUUCUCCCUAAGGAAGAAGCCCCGCCACCACGGCCGGUGCGGAGGGCAAGGGUGCGGGGCCUCGUGUCCUCUCGGGCCAGGCCAGGCGCUGGUGCCCCGCCACGGACCUGGUCCCUCUCUCUCCAGGAUUGGGCGCCCCCCAAAGUUUCGGAAGAUUCCACAAGAAGAUUUCCCGACACUAACAACCGAUGUCAUCCACCAGUCCCUCUUCAUGUCAGCCCUGUCGGCCCACCCUGACCGGUCACUCUCAGUGUGCUGGGAGCAGCAUUGCAAGCUCCUGCCGGGGGUGGCGGGCAUCUCAGCCUCAACAGUUGCCAAGUGGACCAUCGACGAGGUCUCCGGCUUCGUUCAGACCCUGACAGGUUGCGAGGACCAAGCACGUCUCUUCAAAGAUGAGAUGAUUGACGGCGAGGCCUUCCUUUUGCUGACACAGGCGGACAUUGUGAAGAUCAUGAGCGUCAAGCUGGGCCCAGCCUUGAAGAUCUAUAACGCCAUUCUCAUGUUCAAAAACGCCGAUGACACCUUAAAGUGACUGGCGCGGGGCUGGGCCCUCCUCCAGCCCCAGCCGGGCCUCCCUCUACACCUGAUGCUUCCUUCCUUCGUGACUCAAGUUCCUCAUAUCCCACCUGUGCCCCCACCGCCCGCCCUGUGUGUCUGACCAGGGGCGGUCCCUCUUCUCUCCGGGGCUUCUUCCGACAAGAUUCGUGCAAGCAGAGGAGCCCUGGGGCAGAUGGAGUCCUGGAGCUCAUCAGGCGUGCCCGUGAGGGUGCGACUGCACUGGGGGAACGUUGCUGGUGGAGUGGGAUGGGGUGCCCUGCCCGCGGCAGCCCACAGUGUCUCUAGCCACCUUGCAUUAAUCACCAAAGGGUCUUUUUUGUUAGCAGUCAAGGAUAGUCUGGUAGACCGAGAGACCCUUUUUGGUAUCUCUGUGCUUUUCUUUCCUUGUCUCCUUUCUUCCUACCAAGAAGCGACCCUGCCACAAAUGUAUUGACUCAGAAAGACCCGCCCCCUGUGUUGCUCUCAUCCUGCUGCCUGGUUUGCUGGGCAAGGCUGCCCACCAAUGCCCACCAGACCCCGCUGGCUCUUCCCCUGGGUGGGUGAACUGCAAAAACGUGUUUUUCUAGGAUCCAAUGGGAGUCUCAGCUGCCUUUCUCCCUUUUACCCGGAAGUGAGGGAUUCCGAGCCACAAUGCCUUUUAAACAGGCCCCGUUCUGGACUGCUUGGCAUUGAUAGUGUCGUGUCCUGUGCCAUGUCCUGUUUCCAGCAGAGGGGGCGGGCAGAGCGCUUUCCCUCUGCAGCAGAGGGCGAGGUUCCAUGGACGUUCCCCUCCCCGUACACUCACUGUUUAGGAGUGUACGGGGAACUGUGUAGGGCAUGGGGACGAGGCAGCUUAGCUGGCUGGGUAGCCAGGGCCCGGGUGUCAGACAAUCUCAGAUCUCUGGUCAGAGGGGCAGCUCCAGCAGGCACGGUUGCUCCCAGAGCUGGGCAUAGCAUCCUUCUCUGCAGCCGUGGGUCUUAGCCAAGGUGUUGCCCACAGUGGGAGUGGGGGGGGCAUGCCUGCCAGGCCUCCUGUCGAGGGAAUGUAGCACACUGUCUGGCACACACACACACACACACACACACACCCUAUAACAUCACAUCGACCUAGCCCUUAAAUGGCCUGCUCUUGAGGAGUUCUACAAAGAUGACUUGAAGUUGGGGGUUGGGGAGGUGAAUUCUGUCUUUGAACUCUCUGUGCCCUUUAAGCCUUUCUUACCACUCUCCAUCAGUGUUGCACUGCCAGCCAGGUGCCUGCUGGGACUGUGGGACUUUGACCUUUCUGUCCCAGCGGGGGCCCAGCACCCACUGAGCCACUGCCAACCCUGCCUGCAGCCUGGGAGUGGGCCCCACAUGGAGGUGAGGAGCAGCUGCCAAGCUCCCAUGGCCUGCCAGGUGUGCAGCGGGGGGAGGGGGGGAGACUUCCCCAGACCCCCUCUGUCAGUCGUGAUGUGUGAGUGUGUAUGUGUGCGUGUGCAUGUGCAGGGCACUCUCAGAAGUGUUUGACAGGGUGUUGACGUGAGGCUCAGCGUUAGGAAAAUGUCAAGGGCUAUUACUGCUAAAAUAUGAAGCUUUAUCUUUCCCAUAGAGGAGGGAAACCCAAGGUUCAGUUGAUUUCCUGCCCCAGCCCAGUAAGGGGUCCUCUCUCACAAGGGACCAGACAGCUUUGCUGGCAGCCAUUCAGCCCUCCCCACAGUCGCAACCCUCGCGUCCCACCUCUGCCCCCAGAGCUUUAGAUGUUCCUUCCCUUUCAGCUCUUAGAGGCUGCUGUGCGCACAGCCUUCCAGGGAGGGCGUGGGCAGGCCCUGCUUCGGGCUGAGGGUCGGGUUUACAGAAGUUGCUUGGGCGUCACCAUUGGCCAGAGGGUAAGGCAGAGCCAGUCUGAGCCUCUCUGUGUUGGCUGCUGGGGUGGUAGCAAACUCACCAGUCCUCUGGCUUCGGCUGAGAUGGGGGAGAGAUGCUCGAUGGCUUUGUGGUGGGAGGAGAAGGCAGCAAGUCCACACAGCUGAGCGGGGCUGGGAUGCCUUCGCCAUGUGGGUUUACCAACCAUGCUCUUCAUGCUUGCCUACUGGAAAGGCAGGAUGGACCAUGGGCCGUAGAGAAAAGGGCUCCCAGGCCCCCAAACUCUGGGGCUUCACCACUUGCUGUGCCAAUGUCCAACUCUUUGGGAGGAAACCAAGUCAUU